GUAAUCGACGUUGUCUCCACCUCUAUUCUGUUUAUUUUUGCGGAGAAAAUGAAAAAACGGCAACGAAAAGAACUGCAAAAUGUAAGGCAACCGACGAGUGCCUAGCUGCAGACCCGGCACCGGCCCGCACCUGCACCCGCAAAAUGAUACCCUGGAUGCGCGAGAAGUUCAACGAGAAACGGGCCAAGUGGCUGGCGCGCAGCAAGCGGGGCGUCGGCGGCGACGGUUCACCGGCGGACGGGAGUCCGCGAAGCAGCAGCCACAGUCACAGCCUGCGAACGGACGGGGCCAGCGAUGCGGAGAGCCUGAGCGGAUCCUCGCUGAACGUGCACACGGCGGAGUGUGAGACGCAGACGGAGACACCAUUGUCCAGGCCUUUGGUUGGCGGCGGUGGCUGUGUGCUGAGGACACCCUCUCCCGCCCGUCGCCGUCGCAUUCAGCUUGAGCUCCAGCUGCAGCAGCGGAGGCGAGAGGAGGAGCGGGUAGUGGACCAGGAUAAAGACUCCGGCCAGGACUCACCGACACCCACUCAGCAGCAGCAGGCACAUUCUUUGUUCCUCAGAAAACCAGCCCAAUCCAGCCGCCAAAACAACUCAGCUUGCUGCAGCAAGGCCGAGGACUCUACCAAGCCGGGGGAGUCCAUAACGGUGCGCGUGAUUUGUCCGAGCUCGCGGGUGCUCAUCUUCAGAACGGACGUAAACAAGCGCUUAAACGAACUGAAGAGCGAAGUGAUCCUAGAGCUUAGCGACGAUCCCGACUCCAUUCAGCUAUUUGCACCCGAUGUCCGCCAUCUGAAUCCUCGCUAUCGCUUGUAUCGCGCGGAAUACUAUGGAGGCGAACUGAACGAGUCGGAGACCUUGGCGCAGCUGAACGUGCGCAACAAUGAAUCGUUCAUCUUGUCGCCGCGACGCAGCACGUUGCCGCAUACGGUGGUGCGGAUCCGCGAAGUGCCCGGUCCUAACGAGCAGCUGGUAGAGAGCGCCACGCGCUAUGUGCCCUCCAAUGCCUGCCAGCUGCCUACCAUUGACAUCAACGAGAUCUUUCAGCAGUCAAAUAUACAAUACGAUGUAAGGAAGGUUCUGAUCUCUCUGGCGCAAGCAUCGGCGGCUGUAAUAGGGGCUGGUCCCUAUGCUCCACGUUUGAUUGCCAUGCUGAAGCAACGGCUAAUUAAUCGGCGUAAUCAGCAGGCGGAUACGUUGCAGUGCCUGGUCGAUAUGGGUUUUAAGCGCGAACUGGCUGCAUUUGCCCUGAAGACCCACAAUGGCGUUUACUCCACAACGAUGGAGUGGCUGAUGCAAAACCAGAUUGAGGAAAAUUCUCAAGAACCGCCGGCCAUGGACAUGCAACACAGUGUCUCUUCCAUUUCGCCCUCAACGAUAGUCACCAAUAACGAGGUGAUUGAAAACACCGCCGCCUUGAUGGAGAUCGUGCGCAUCUACAGCCAUCGUGAUUCGCCGCCUAGCGAUGAGAUUGUGGAGUCGCUAACGGAAAUGGGCUUCGAGGAGGCGGCAGUGCUGGCGGCGCUUAAGAAAACGGGCAACAACAAGGCAUCUGCCUGCGAAUGGCUGUGCGACAAUCGCUCGGGCAGUGUUAUAGAGCUGCGCGAAGGCCUGGCACCCGAUUCACCCAUCCUAAAAGUGAUCCUGGAGAUGCCGCAGGUGCAAAUGACGCUCAGCAAUCCCAAGACCUUUUUAGCGUUUCUAAGCAUUUUGGAAAACGAGCAAGCGAUACGCGUGUGGCGCGGCGAUAACGACACCACCUCGGUCAUCACACAUAUCCUGCAAAAGUACCAUGAGGAGAAGCAUGUGCUGGGCAUCAAUCAGUUCUACACGAACCGCUGGUGAACGGCGCCUCAAAGUGGCUUUAUUAUGAGAUUAACCAAAUUAUAUUUAUUCAUAUACAUACACCAUUGCAAUCACGCUUGGUCCACAUUUUGGGGCCCCAUUAUAAAGUGCACACUCGCUUGUCUGUGAGUGUGUAUGGAAUGUGCCCGUA